CGCAUCCCACGAGACCAGGGGCAAAAACCGGGAGGUAGGCGCGAGUGGCUUUUAGAGUGGGAGGAUGGUAAUUGCCACUGGAGAUAAGGAAUCGUUUUUCUCGUGGAUCGCAAGCGCUGUACCAACCGGAAUACCGUGUUUUCUCUUUUGUGGGGGGGGUAAAGAAUACCGUGUUUUUUCAGUUGUACUCAAAGCUUCUGGAAUCAGUAAGGUAGAUGGAGAAAGAAAAAGAGAAAGAAAAAGGUGUAUCAGGUUGCCCACCAGGAGUUGAGCCCUCGUCGCCCUUCCGUUUUUAAGGUUUUCUGGGUUCGGAGAGAAAGGGGGCUCUGCUUGUGUGGUGGAGAUCUGGAAAAGGUGGGAUUUUGAGCACCGGUAUGUGUUGGGGAUUUCUGGAUUUCAGACAUCGAGGUAACUCUUUUUGUCGAUCCUCGAUCACUGUGAUUAGAUUAGUGGAUGUUUUGGAUUUCUAGGUUCUUGCAGCUGGUUGUUUUGCUGAUAUUAAGGAGGGUUUUGUGGACGAAGAAGAGGGCUUUUGCUUCUGACUGUUCUUCGAAAUCUUUGUCUUUUUUGGUGCCUUCUUGUGUUUGGGUUUCUUGAGAUUGUGAGUUCAGUUUUGCUUUCGAAGAAGGAAGAAGGGAAGUAUUUCUGAAAGGCAUAUUUUUAAAAGAAGGUUCACAUCAAUUUCUUUUCUUUGUCUUCUCUAUAUAUAUAGUUGAAAAUCUCGGUUCUUGAGACCCAGGCAGCUUUUUAUGGUUCUCGUCCUUAACAAGUAUAUGGGAUCUAGGACCACCCAAUCAGUGAUGACUUUGGGGGAAAACUUGUCUCACAGUCAAAAACUGAGAUUUCCUGGCCACAGUUUCUGGGUGAGAUGCUUGGCAUGAGUGAAGUUAUUAAUUAGAAAGUUAUAGAAUAGAAGAGGGAAGGAAAAGGAAAUUCUUUGAUCCAAGAACUAUUUAACUGUGGAGAUGGAGAAACAGCAAAGCCUUCGUCUUGGAGCGUUCGAGAAAUUGCAGAGCUUUCGUCUGGGAGCUAUGGAGAAACAAAAGAGCUUUCGGAUGGGAUCGUUGGAGAAACAAAAGAGCUUUCGGUUGGGGUCCAUGGAUAAACAGCAGAGCUUCAAGGAGAGGAGGAACAAGGAAAGCCCUGGGAAGCGAGGGGAUACACUAUUGCAUCUGGCUGCUAGAGCUGGCAAUGCAGUGCAUGUUCAGGGGAUUCUUUCUGAUUGCGGUGAGAGCCAAUUGAAAGAAUUGAUUUCUAAGCAGAAUCAAGAUGGGGAAACAGCGUUGUAUGUUGCUGCAGAGAAGGGUCAUGUUGAGGUUGUUCGGGAGAUAUUGAAGGUUUCAGACUUUCAGUCAGCUAACACUAAGGCCAGUAACAGCUUUGAUGCAUUUCAUAUUGCUGCUAAGCAGGGCCAUCUGGAAGUUUUGAAAGAGCUGUUGCAUUCUUUUCCCGCACUGGCGAUGACUACAAAUUCAUUGAAUUCUACAGCCUUAGACACUGCCUCCACUCAAGGCCAUCUGGAUGUUGUCAAUCUUCUGCUAGAAACAGAUGCUAGUCUUGCUAAGAUUGCACGAAAUAAUGGAAAAACUGUUCUGCAUUCAGCUGCAAGGAUGGGUCAUGUAGAAGUGGUAAAAUCCCUUUUAAAUAAGGACCCCAGCAUUGGUUUAAGAACAGACAAGAAGGGGCAGACAGCAAUUCACAUGGCUGUGAAAGGCCAAAAUGUCGAAAUAGUGCAAGAACUGGUGAAGCCUGAUAAGUCAAUAAUUCAUUCGGAAGAUAACAAGGGGAACAGACCAUUGCAUAUUGCUACUAGGAAGGGCAAUUGUGGGAUAGUGCUGGCUUUAUUAUCAGUUGAGGGAAUUGAUGUCAAUGCAGUCAAUAAAGCUGGUGAGACUGCUCUAGGUAUUGCAGAAAAAUGCUGUCAUGAAGAGAUUUCUGUGGUUCUAAGAGAGUUUGGUGCUGUGGUUGCAAAGGAGCAAGCAAAUCCACCAAACCCUGCAAAGCAACUCAAGCAAACUGUCAGUGACAUAAAACAUGAUGUUCAAAACCAAAUCCGACAAACCCGUCAGACUCAAAUGAGGGUUCAAAAAAUCAAGAAGAGGCUUCAGAAGCUACACAUUGGAGGUCUCAACAAUGCCAUCAAUUCCAACACAGUCGUCGCGGUGCUCAUUGCCACUGUGGCCUUUGCAGCCAUAUUCACCGUGCCAGGCCAGUUUGUUGAGCAACCGGAAAAUGGUUACACCCUUGGACAAGCUUACGUGGCAAAUAACGCGGCAUUCAUCAUCUUUUUGGUCUUCGACUCAUUGGCCCUCUUCAUCUCUCUUGCAGUGGUUGUUGUUCAGACUUCAUUAAUAGUUGUCGAGCAGAAGGCCAAGAGGAUGAUGGUGUUUGUGAUGAACAAGCUGAUGUGGCUGGCAUGUCUCUUUAUAUCCGUUUCCUUCAUCUCACUGACAUAUGUUGUGGUGGGCCACGAUGACUGGUGGCUUGCCUGGUCUACCAUGGCAAUCGGUGCCUCUAUUAUGCUGACCACCCUGGGGUCCAUGUGCUACUGCAUCAUUGUUCACCGGCUUGAAGAGAAAAACUUGAGAAACAUAAGGAGGGCCUCUGUGAGUAGGUCACACUCAUGGACUAUAUCCGUGGCAUCGGACUCGGAGAUACUGAAUAGUGAAUAUAAGAAGCUGUAUGCAAUUUAGAGCUAGCGGAUAGGUUCAUCUACUGUGGUGUCUGCACUCUAAGAGCCCUGUGUCAGCAUCCCCAUAAAAUUUUCUGCACCCUUGUAUGUAUAUGCUUCAAAAGAAAGAUUCAUAAUCGGCAUUUUACCAAGGUAUUAACUAGGAUGGAUUUAGGCCUGAAUUGAGGAUCUAUAUAUGUUUGAAGGUCGCUGUUGCUUACUGAAAUAAAGGACAUAUCUGCCCAAAUUAUUGCAUGAGUUGAAAUUAAUAUUCGAGAAGGUUAUCUGUCAGGUGUUAUAGAAGGGAAUCCAUUCAAUG